UCACCGGUUCAAAAAUGAUUUUCUCAUUGUCGGGAAUGUUUUACUGGCUCUAAUUUAAUGAUUGAUUCCUAUUAAAUGUUUUAUUUGUUUAUUCUGUACACAUAGAUGACCCACUUUAAGCAUAGAUUAACUAGGAUUGAACCACUAGCACUUUCAGUCACUGAACAGACUGCAAUUACUUGACUCACAAGCUGAUUGAUAUUAUUAUUUAUGUUAAAAUGUCUGGAAUUGCGUUAGGUCGUCUGGCAGAAGAAAGAAAAGCCUGGAGAAAGGAUCACCCUUUUGGUUUUGUAGCUAAACCUGUUAAAAAUCCAGAUGGUAGUUUAAAUUUAUUAAAUUGGGAAUGUAAAAUACCUGGCAAGAAAUCUACACCAUGGGAAGGAGGUCUUUAUACACUCCGAAUGUUAUUUAAAGAUGAUUACCCAAGUACUCCACCAAAAUGUAAAUUUGAACCUCCAUUAUUCCACCCGAAUGUAUAUCCGUCAGGGACAGUAUGUUUGUCAUUAUUAGAUGAAGAAAAAGACUGGAGACCAGCAGUAACUAUAAGACAGAUUUUAUUAGGUGUACAGGAAUUAUUAAAUGAACCAAAUAUAAAAGAUCCAGCACAGGCAGAAGCAUAUACUAUAUUUUGUCAAAAUCGUGAUGAAUAUGAAAGAAAAGUUCGGGCACAAGCAGUUAGAUUAAGAGAUCCUAAUGUAGGAAUUUGAAAAUAAAUGCUAGAUUAAUGUUAAUACUACAAACUGCAGCAACCAUUACUGAUAACUAGGACUAGUUAAUUCAAAUGUGAAAAGGUUUUCUGGUCCCCACAACAUUUGACUAAAGGCUGGUGCAUUUUGUCAGUGUGGUUAUGAAUAAUUGAAAACAGUUUAAAGAUGUUGAGUGCUGCCACGACUAUUGUUAUAUGAACCGAUUGUUAUGGUUUGUAAUUCGACUUUUCCUCAUCUAGUCUCUUGUCAUUUAAAAUACUAUACACAGCAAAUGCAUAUCGGUAUUCUAAAUAUUUAAAAUAUCAGUGCUUGCUUACAAAAUAUUUUGCCUUCACAUUGAGAAAAUAUUGGCCAACUUAUUCUUUCAAACUAUAGUGCUACGUACAUUAUACCAGUAAAUAAAUUUUCUCUACAAAAAUUCUCUUAAAAACACUGUUAUGUAGAUAAUAAUAAUAGAAUAAAAAGUCGGCACAUAACACAAGGUGUACAUUUUGAUUGCCUGUACAUAACCAUCUCAUCACCUGUUAUUAAUCAAAUGUAAAUAUUUGUUCAGAUAAAUGUUGGCGUUGUGGUGCCCCCUCAUUCAUUCAUUUUGUACAUUUCACAUAAAAUAUACAUGUAACUAUUUUGCAUUGAAGAUUGUCAUUCAAAUCUUUUAAUUUAUCAGAAGAAGGGUGGUUGAAAGAUCAAUGGUUGUUGAAAGAUAAAUGAUAAAAUAAUAAGAAGUUUUUGUCUUCGACUCAGUUGCAUAGUAAUAGAACAUGAAACAUUUACCAUAAAAAAAACAAAGUUACAAGUGUUUAAAUCAAGCAAUAGUUUUAGUAAUGACUCAUUUGCACAGUAAUCAGAAUAUGGGCAAACAUUCCUGUAGCCCUUGUAGGUUACAAUUUAAAACAUAAAAGAUGCAUGGUGUAAGAUUUAGAUAAAGAGCUGACCGUUCUUGCUAUAAUAGUUCAAAAUAGAUAAUGCAAAUGAAUAUAUUGAAAAUUUCAUUCAAUUACUUUAUUCUGAGCCAAGUUAUCACUGUAGUUUUGACAAGAUAUCUGCAUUGAUUGUUAUCAUUACCACGGUACUGGUAUAUUUGAGACUUAACCUCGCUUUUCCAUUAAAACAUUAAAUGGCCAAACCGUUCUAAUCUACUUAAAAUCAGAACCAUACGAUGGCCCAGAGAGUUGAUUAUGGUCUUGUAUUAAUAAAUGUCUAAUUAAUAAUUUAUAUAACAUUUAAGGCCUAAAGCUCUUGAAUAAUGUAUCUUUAAUUUAUGACUGCAUUAAUUAGGUAAACUGGUUUUAUGUACCAUACCAGUCUGGGAAGAAUAUUUCAGAAAUUGUAUAGAAUGAAUUUCUCUUUGUAACAUAAAUGAGGUUUGUGCAAAGGGUUAUUACCCCCCCCCCCCCCCUUCCCAAAAAUAAAUGCUUAAUACGAUUUAAAAUAAAAUAUAUGUAAUUAACCUGUGCAUUAUAUAACAUCUUGAAAGAUCAGGAGAUAAUAUAUUUAAGUAAUGAUGAUCUUAAUUCAGGGGAAUUGUUCCAGUGUGAUGUAAAUUUAGUUGUUUAAAAGUAAAUGUUACUAUGUUUUUGUCAUAUUCCAGUAAAAUAUCAGAUAUUUUAUUUC